AUGAUAUCUGAGUUCUUUACACGCAACCUGCAUCGAACAAUUGAUUUUCUAUCGAAGGUUGGGCUUGUGUCAGAAGAAAUCGAUGUGAAGCUCGAAUCCAAAGAGCACCUGUCUUUAACAUACCAGAAUAUUAAAGAGUAUCGUAAGACAUACACAUUUCUGUUGUGCAAAACCAGCAAGCUUCAUUUGGAAGAGGUUGUGUUCUGUGCAUGCUGCUCAAGCCGCAUAAAUUUCAUAAGAAAUCUAAAUCUGAUCAUCCACUUGAAUAAAAAGAUGAGUGUGCAUUGGGUUGGAGCACAAAGAGACGAAUUUCUGCUCUACAUAGAAGGAAAAGUAAAGAAAGAUGUUGAUAUAUUGAUACAGGUUGUUUCCAUGAAUCCUUGGUUCUGGGAUGCAUACUUAGAGCUUGCAGAGCUGAUUACGCCAGAUAUUGUUGACUCUUUAAAUAUAUCAGAAGGAUUGAGUGACUUUUUCUUUAUGCAUCUAUUCUGUACGAAGAUGAUCAAGAAGGCUGCACAACCGAUUUCUGGAGAGGUCCAUGAAUGCAAAAGAAGUUCAGUGCAAUCUGAAAAGGUAUGUGUCAACAAGAAAUAUCCAAACCUGGCAGGUGCGGUUCUCUAUCAUCAAAAGGAUUUUUCAGGAUGUAUUGAAGUAUUUGAAGAGAUAACAAAAAGCGCAUUGUACUAUGAUUUGGAUUAUGUUGAUUUGUAUUCAAAUGCAUUAUACAUCAAAAAUGAUAGUAGAGUGAUUUUUCUUGCAGAAAGUGCACUUAAGAUAAACAAGUAUCGAUCAGAAACUAUGUGCUGUAUAGCCAACUAUUACUCUAUGAAGAAUGAUCAUGAAAAGGCAAUUGAGUAUUUCAGGCUCGGCGUGCGUCUCAAUCCAUGCUCUGCGAUUUUAUAUACUCUUAUUGGGCAUGAAUACUUGGAAAUGAAAAAAAUGGAGUGUGCAAUAAGUUCAUAUAACACAGCACUUAGGUUGUGCUCUACAGACUACCGGGCAUGGUACAGUGCAGGGCAGGCAUACAUAACAAUGGGCAUGCACGAGUAUGCUCUUUUUUUCAUCAAAAAAGCACUGGAAUGUAAGAGCACAGAUUCAAUUGUGUGGACUGCAUUAGGACAGUGCUACGCAAGUCUGAGAAGAACAGAUGAAGCUAUUGCGACCUUUAAGAAUGUGAUAGAACUUGAGGAUGCCGAUGGGUAUCUUUACAUUGGAGAUGUAUACAAGAACGAGAAGAAAUACACUGAGGCAGUUGUGUAUUACGAAAAGUAUGUGGAAUAUAGCAAAGAUGAUACAAGGAAGAUAUGUGUUUUUCUUGAGGAGUACUUUAGAAGGAUGAAUGAUGAUAAGCGAUGCUCAUAUUAUCAAAGUCUUGCAAAUAGAUAA